AUGGAGGAUGCAGUGACCUCUGAGGAUGCUGAACCCCUGCCUGUCGCCUCCCAAAACACUGACAUCCACCUCAGGGAGCCGGAGGAUGAGUGUCCUUCCAGCGCCAGCCUGGAGCCCAGCUCCCCGUCCUCGCCGCUCAGUCAGCAAACUCAAGGCUCUGCUGUAUCGGCGCUGCAGUCCAAGGUCAAGGCUCUCUCUGAACGCACAGUUGUUUGGAAAGAACCUGGAAGUAAGAACCAGGACAAACGUGUGGUUCCUGGGUCCUUCAUACUGGGAUAUGCCUACACGGACGCUUGGGGCUCCAGCAGCAGUGAUGAAGAAGGGGAACCUCGCAAACCCCUGAUGUUCCUUUCAGGAGACCACAAUCCUCAGGUAGAACUUGACUAUGAUCCCGUCUCUUCCGAAGCUUUGCUGGCAGUUCCACGCAGCCUUGGAGAAGGAGCAAGCCUGGAGAACCUCUCGAGCGAUGCUCGCGGUGCUCAAGACAAUGCUUCUCCAACUAAUAAACCAUGGAUGCCACCGAAGUGUUUCUGGAGGUCUAUCAGACCGGAGAUGCAGGUUCUAAAUGGGAAUGUUCCUGUGGGGAAAGAUGGAGCAAAUGGAAGAAACUUUGGCCACAAAAUAGGCAACAAGUUUUCAAGGGAAGUGCAAAGGUCUGAUAGCCUGGAGAGUCACCUACGCAGGUAUAAUCCCGGUGAGGUGGGACAGUGUGGACUCUGGCGGGCUGACAGCUUGGAGAGCAUGAGCAGCAGUGGAAGCUCGCUGUCCCUCGCAGAGAGGGUUGAGAUGAACCGCGGCUUUCUCAAACAGAUGCUGCAGAACACCCAGAACAAAGACCAUGUGCCAGGACAGAGGAUAGAGGACCAGACCCAAGCUGGUGGAAGAGGUAUCUGUGGCGUGAAUGACAGUGAUUGGGAUUCUGGGAUUUCGCUCCAAGGUAGUGAACACAGCCAAAGGGCCUUUGUGUUGGGCGACAACCUUCCGCUGAGCCCUCGCCACGAGCAGGCCAAACGACUGCUGGAAAGAGCGCGUAUGAAGGCCCGGUCCAACCCUCUCAAAGCCGACCACACCAUCCUACCCGUCCAGAGGGACAACCUGGAGCUGUUGUCCUGGGUUGGUGUACCCUUACACCAGGCUCCUCUUGCGGGGAAGGAAGGCGCGGCGGUGGUCUCUGGAAACCUUAGCGACUCAUCUAGCGGUGACUCGGCAGGAGGAACCCGGCGGAGACACGGCCAGUCCCCUACCCGUGUGCGUUUCGAAGACGAAUCGGAGAAAGAUGCUGAGGUGCGCUAUCUGGAGCGGCUACGCCAGCGGCGCAGGGCUGGAGAAAGAGCGCAGGGGCUGCUGGUGUCCAAACCCACCUUGUCGUCUUACAUCAAUGGACAGGCAGAGACAGGACACGGCUCGAGUGAUUCAAUAUUCUGGAAGACAAAAGCCAAGAAGAGUUUGUUCAAUUGCAAAGGUCCUGAGACAGCAAACAGACAGUGCAACUCUUGUGGGACCUUUCUAAAUGACGCCCAUGGGCCUUGCUUGAACUCAAAUACUCUGCCCUUACCUAAUGGGGAAGUCGAAGGGAAGAAGAUACCAUGUUGGGUCGCUCCCACCCUUCCCAACCGGCUUGUCCGAAUCGAAAAGAUAAAGGAGACAUACAUUGGGAAGAGUCCUACUAUUGUCCACAGCGACGGAACGCACUGCAGUCCUGUGGAAAACAUGAGCAGUAGGGGGACAUUCCAGAAGCUAAAGAAGAAGGUCCGGAGACAAGAGAGCAAGCAGGAACCCUUGUACGUCAACGGCCUUCGGGUUCCAACACCUCCAGACUGCAACAAUGGAACUCAAAUGUGUCUCUCGAAUGGACUAGCAUUGCCACUCAACCCCUAUGCCACGGAUCCACUCGGACAGAGAAUCCCAGCCACAUGCACCCCUACAUCCAGUAAGGGACAUGUGGCACCUCCACUGCCCCCCAAAGAAGAACCAUUCAGCUCCCACCUUCCUCAGCCAACCCCUCCGCCUCUCCAUCCGAAAAAAUCAGCCCUGAAAUCCAGCUCAAAGAACCGCUGUAAUGGUCAGCGGACCGCCAUGCUCAAGUCUUUGCCAGAGAACCAGCUGGACUCCACGGAGGCGGGGGGCGCUGUGGAGAGCUGUCCCCAGGAACAGGCUUCCUCUGGAGCGGGUUAUUGUGAGGACAGAUCUGCGAUGAUCAUCUCUGGUCCCAAACUCAGGAUGAGCCCAGUUCUGUGUGCUCGAAACUCACCCAUACAAGGGGAAGAAAGGCUAACAGCGGCAAUUCCAGGUAGACCGUUGAGUCCUGCUCCGGUCAGCAAGGUGACACCUAUGGAUGUGGACCAGCACCAGAGUAGAGGACAGCUGGGAUCUGAUGCAAAAUCCAGCAGUGCUGAAUCAACCCAGACUGGUCUCAGUGACGGACACGUCAGAGGGCCAAUCAGACCAGUGCAUCACAGGGCAACUAGUCCAAAUGUUUCACAAGCAGGGACGGAUGCAGAGCAGCGAGAGGGUCGACCCAAACUCUCCUUGCGGCGGUUCUUCUCUGCCAUGGGGCUGAACAGUGUGGGGUUGCUGGGAAGAGGACGAUCCAGCAGCAUGGAUCAGCUCAGCUUGUACCCCAAACCCAACUCAGACCCAAACCAAAACACUCGGCCAACCUCCCCCUCCCCCUCCCCCAGCCCCACCCACAGACACCACCACCAGCUGAAGAAAGCCCCCUCACUGCAGACUAUACGUCUGGGGUCUCCGUUUCUCCAGAUGAGGAGAUCUUCAUCGGCUCAAAACCUCCAAAUCCCCAGAAAGAAAACAGACCGUUCCUCUGCAUACACUCCAGGAGAACAGCCCUGUAGUCCUGUAAUAACUAGGGGUCUUCAGCGUGCCUUGAGUGUAGAGGACGUGGGGCGGCCCAGUGCGGUGCGUCCGGUGGGACGGGUGGCUCAAGCCUUCCCUGAUGGCACUAUCCUGCUGGAGCUCUCCAGACCCCCCAGCGGCCCCUUCGGCUUUCUCAUCUCCCGAGGAAAAGGCAGGCCAGACUCAGGGGUGUAUGUUGAAGAAAUGGGCGACAGCAAUAUGGAGAAACUCUACGCGGGGCUGCUCGGGGUCGGGGACGAGAUAUUAGAGGUGAACGGUGAGAAGGUGGCUGGACUCAGUCUGGACCUGGUGACACGUUUAAUGACCCAAAACAGCACAGCUUCAAUCCGCGUACUACGACAUAGACGCUUACAGCGCUAACUGAAGUCAAGACUGUACCAAAACCACGUUUUGUUCCAGUCAACAUGAAGAGAACUGUAAAAAAGCAUCAGAAAUGAUCAGGGAUGAGUUAGUGAAAACGGCAGUAUUACGUUGACCUUUGGAGUUUUAUCACAAUGAUCACAAAACACGGUCCCUAUUAAAGGGAUAGUAUUUCGUUCCAAGCCAUUUUCUUAUUUCACUGUUAUGGCUAAUGGCCUGUUCACACCAAAAACAGUAACAGCUGAUGAACGACAACACACAUUGGCAGCCAAUCAGAAUUAACUCUGCUUUAAACUGUUUGAGCAUUUAAAGAGGCAGAUGACAAAACUGCAGUGCUUGUUUUAAACAGAUUGCUAUUGCGCGUUGCUGUGGAUGCUAAUAUAAUUCUGUCAUGACAACUCUCAGAGAGUUUAGCAUGGUAAUAUAAAUGGCAAUGUUAAUGUGUUUAGUCUGCUAUGCUACUGCUGCGACAGAGAGAGAUAACAGAGACGUGCUACUGCCAAUACAUCGACAGACGUACUGCUGUGAGAAUGAAGGAAAUACAGCUGCUGCAGAUAUAUAAAACAACCCCCAUAAAUAACAUACAUUAAAUAACCCCAUACAGAGCUACACAGGUGGAGCUGGGGAAGGGGGAGGGUUUCUGAUGCGAGCUCAUUGGCUGUGAAUAAUCAUGUGAUUAUAUCUGAUUUAGUAAGAACCUACCGGCCUGCGCCAUCUGGAGUUUCAUGACAGAACUUUGCAUUUAUCAUUACAGUUAACACUGUAGUUACUGUUUUUGGUGUGAACCGGCCUUAGUUUACAGUGACGGCUUGAAAAACAAAUAUGCUAAUGAAGGUGUGGUCACAUUAGCAAACUUUCAGUGGAAAACAGGUUCACUGUCCAUCGAAAAUAGAGUAGAAACAAUGUGUUUGCCAAAAAGUGUUUUCUAUCUUCUGAAAAUGUAGUUUCAUCCAAAUCCUCUGUUGUGUUUAUAUUGGGUUCUAAUAGGAAACCUUCCCCAUGCUGCUGACUAGUAAACAGAUCUGUAUUGUAUUGAGUGCACAUGCUGCAGUCACACUGAUCAUCAGCUCUAAAUGCGCUUUAGUAAACUGAUUGGAUAUUUCUCCAUGAGCCAGCACAUUGUUCUGCAUCUACAGUGCAGUGCAACACUAUUAGCGUGCUGUCUUGAAGGAUAUCAGUAUUACGGUACGUGCAACGCAAAAAGCUACCUACCUAAUUGUUACAAUUCUUACAUUUAUUUAUACGUGUUACUAUGAAAUAAAACAAGUGGCUUUUGACAAGAGAA